AUGACUCAAACACAUCGUCCUCGCCCUGUGUCUGAGAUCGUUUUGAAUCCCGACGAUGCCACAAUGCUUACCGCCUCGGGGUUAAGAGUCGGCAGGUUACGAUCGCAUUCUUCCUCCACGGUAUCCUCCAACCAACCUUAUCCGGCCUCCAGUCCCACAUCCGAUCCGGCCGUGCCGUUCCCUGCGCUCCGCAACGAGAAGAUUGUCGCGACAGGAAGCGGAAUCUCUGUUGGAAUCGCUCUCACGGAGCCAGUCCUCUACCUGCAAGGAUAUGACCAGAAUGACCCAAGCACCAAGAAAUCCGCCAUUCUGCGCGGCCAGUUGCACCUCAAAAUCACCAAAAGUGUCAAGGUGAAAAAGAUAUCGAUCUGUUUUCGUGGACAUGCGCAGACCGACUGGCCAGACGGCAUUCCACCCAAGAAAGUCCACUUCCAUGAUAAGAAGGAUCUCGUCACUCAUGGAGUGAUGUAUUUCAAUCACGGCGAUACGGCACUGAUGCAGAACGACUACGGUGCGCACUUCUAUCAGCAUGCUAAGCCGGUGACCUCGGUGACGGGGAAGGACGGUCCGACUUUGAUCACCCGCGAGCUGCUUUCUAAGACUGGCUCCUCAACAUCAUUGAGCCACACCGGGCAAUUCUCCGCAAAGGAUCUCAAGCGACUAUCGCUGAAUUCGAAUCACUCUCGGAGUUUUGGUAAGAAUGAUUCACCACCUCCGCCAGUCCACCCGCCCCGCAAUUACCGCCUCUUCCCGGUCGGCGAUUACCUGUACAGCUUCGAGUUUCCCAUCGAUGGUUCUCUCCCAGAGACCAUCAAGACAGACCUGGGAUUCGUUCAAUAUGAUAUCGAGGCGAUAGUCGAAAGAGCCGGAGCAUUCAGGCCUAAUUUGCUGGGCAGCUUGGAGGUCCCGGUCAUCCGCACCCCGGCAGAGGGCUCACUGGAGCAGGUCGAGCCGAUCGCAAUUUCGCGAAACUGGGAGGAUCAGCUGCAUUAUGACAUAGUCAUAUCGGGCAAAUCCUUUCCUUUGGGCUCUCAAGUUCCCAUCGCCUUCAAAUUAACACCUUUGGCCAAAGUCGAAUGCCACCGGAUCAAGGUCUACGUGACGGAAAACAUCCAGCACUGGACAGCAGAUAAAAGCGUGCAUCGCUUCCAGCCGGCGAAGAAAGUCUUACUGUUUGAAAAGCGGGCCGACUCCGCCAGCACCAGUACUUACCCCGGCAGCUCGAUGCGAGUCACGGCGGGCGGUGGCAUUGACUGGGAUCACCGAGCAGCAGCAGCUCGAGGUGAGGAAGUUGUUGACCGCAACCGAACCAAUCUCCUUGGUAAUCUGUCCAGCGACUCAGGCGUUGGUCCGACCGAGAUGGAAUUCAACGUUCAAUUGCCGAGUUGUCAAGAAAUGCGCAACCGAGACGAGUCCCAGCGAUUACACUUUGAUACCACCUAUGAGAACAUCCAGAUCAAUCAUUGGAUUAAGAUUGUUCUACGCCUCUCUAAAGUCGAUGAAAGAGACCCUGGCAAGCGAAGGCAUUUCGAGAUCUCUAUUGAUUCCCCGUUCCACCUUCUAUCGUGCAAGGCCACGCAGGCCAACAUCUACCUGCCGGCAUACACCUCGCCACAGUCGGAGCCGACUCCGCAAGCACAGGAGUUCGAGUGCGGCUGUCCUGGCGCACCGCUGCUCAACCGGACUGGUUCCAGCCGGCAAUCGCUGUCUUCCGACCGCGAUGAACGACCGAUUGGAGGCCCCGUUUCGAGGAGUUUCACAAAUGGUUCUGGUGGUCUAACUCGACCCCCUCAGGCACAUUUGGCCGAUGAGUCGGUCGAUCGACCACCACGUCCCAUGCAUCUCCUGCGCGCACCAUCUUUCGCCCCUCCUGCGUUUGAGGAACUCGAGCCACCGCCACCUCUUGUCACUCCUCCCCCGGAGUACAAUACGAUUGUUGGGGACAAUGAUCGGGAGACCGUGCUGCAAGAUUACUUCUCGCGGUUGUCCUUCUAUGAAGAACACGCUGAUGACGAUCGGGGCCGUGGACGUGUUGACGUACCUCUGACUCCCGGUGGCCGCGUGAACCGCAGCAUGGAUGUCCCGCGCGAAUGGGUGCGCCUGGAAUAG